AUGACUUCUCUCCACCCCUUUGAUCCUAUCACCCCUGGGGAGAUCCAACUGGCUGUUCGCAUUCUGGAGGCCGCUUUCCCCGGUGUCAAGUUGCGGUACAAGCGCAUUGAUCUUCAAGAACCCACCAAGCAUGAGACCAUCCCCUAUCUCGAGGCUGAGCGACUCGGCAAGCCACGCCCUCGCAAGCCGGCGCGCUUGUUGAUGGCUAUGUUCCAUCGUCUUGACAAUGGCUCGUUCUUUAAGGCCAUUCUGAACGCGGACACCAAGUCCAUUGCUUCAAUGAAGGAACUCCCUAAGGAGGUGCAGGGCCCUGUGGAUAUUGACGAGAUGAUGGAGAUUGAGACCAUUUGCCUGAGCCACCCAGCCGUUCAGGCGGAGAUUGAGAAGCUCAAGCUUCCAGCGGGCAUGUCGGUUUGCCUGGACCCGUGGAUCUAUGGUACUGAGGAUGCCAAUGAAUCUCGACGGUUGUUCCAAUGCUAUAUGUAUAUUGUGGUCGUUGACCACCCACAAAACAACCAAUACUCCAUCCCUUGCAAAUUCUCUCCCGUUUUCGACGGCAUCACUCAUGAACUGGUGCGCAUGGAUUACCUCCCCGGUGGAGCCGAUUCCCAGACUACAGAGACACAGCCGUGGAAGCAGGUGCCUGCAGUCCAGUACGCCCACGAAUUGCUUGAUGAGCCACUGCGCACUGAUCUGAAGCCAUAUAUCGUGCAACAACCGGAGGGUGCAUCAUUCAAUGUCAUUGGAAAUGCAGUCUCAUGGCAGAAAUGGCGCUUCCGCGUCGGCUUCAACAACCGUGAGGGCUUGGUCCUGCACAAUGUGACCUAUGAUGGCCGCAAUACCUUCUAUCGCUUGUCGUUUUCAGAGAUGACUGUUCCUUAUGGCGACCCUCGUGCCCCUUACCACCGUAAGCAGGCCUUUGAUGUUGGUGACGUUGGCUUCGGUAUUACGGCAAACCAGCUCUCCCUUGGCUGCGACUGCCUUGGUCAUAUCAAAUAUUUCGAUGGUUUCCGCACCGACGCCAAGGGUGAACCCAUCCAACUUAAGAAUGUGAUUUGCAUGCACGAGCAGGAUAACGGUCUGCAGCAUAAGCAUACCAACUAUCGCAGUGGUGCUGCAACAGUUGUGCGCAACCGACAGCUCGUGGUGCAGAUGAUCUGUACUGUGGCCAAUUAUGAGUAUAUCUUCGCGUUCAUCCUCGAUCAAGCUGCCAAUAUCGAGCUUGAGGUUCGUGCGACGGGUAUUCUAUCAACUGUUCCUUUCGAUAAUACCGACGGCCAGACCGUACCAUGGGGCACCAACGUGGGGCCAGGAGUGAUGGCUCCUAACCACCAGCACAUGUUCUCUCUGCGAAUUGAUCCUGCUCUGGAUGGAUACAAGAAUACUAUCUAUUACGAGGAUAGCGUGCCAAUGCCUGAGGAUGACUCAAACCCUUGGCUGGUUGGAUACACCACCGAGAAGAAUGUCAUCAAGCAAAGCGGCAGUGCAUUGACCAGCGUUGAGAAGCACCGUGUAUUCAAGAUCCGCAACGACAACAUCAUCAACCCAGUUACCCACCACCCCAUCGCUUAUAAGCUGCAGACCAGUCCAAGCCAGAUGAUUUUGGCCCACCCCAAGUCCUUCAGCGCGAAGCGUGCGCAAUUUGCCACGCGCCCUAUCUGGGUGACCAAAUACCAGGACGAUGAGCUCUUCGCUGCCGGCGAGUUCACCAACCAGAGCAAGAAAUCCGAGGGAGUUGAAGUGUGGGCUGCACGAAACGAUAAUGUGGAGGAUGAAGACCUCGUUCUCUGGCACACAUUCGGUCUUACCCACAAUCCCCGCAUUGAGGAUUUCCCUGUGAUGCCCAUGGAGCGUGUCAGCGUCAUGCUCAAGCCAGAUGGUUUCUUCACCAAGAACCCGGCCCUGGACGUUCCGCAGUCGUCGCAGUCGUUCAACCAGUCCACUCAGCACCCGGAACCUUCUUGCUGCUCUGGACCUCAGGAUCGGAACCAGGUGAAGCUCUAA